GUGCGCUGAAGUUGCUAGUCACAGGAGCCACAAUGGCGUUUGUAGUCUCCUGCGGCUGUGGAUGUUAUUAAAUCCACUAGCAUCGCCCUAAAUAUAGGCCUGGUUGAUUUCCAGAGCCAUUGAUAGUAAACUGGAACAUCUAUUGCACACGAAAAAACUAUGAUUUCUUAUAAAUAUUGAAUUUAAGGAGGGAUAAAGCUUACAUUAAAGGGAAUAUAUAAACAGCACCAACCGGGUCAAGUUUUCAUUUUGUUCGAGAUGAGCGUCUUUUAGUGAAGCCAUUUGCUAGCUUGUGAACGCUAAGACCGUAUUUCUGUGGAAUAAAAUCAGCUUUUCCCUAACUUGGCACUGGACAAGGACAGCUUUGACAAAGGAGACUUUUUUUUCUUUUUCCACGGCUCAACUCGCUAGCUUGCCCAGCGUUAGCUAGCUGUUAGCUAAGUUGAGACUGCGAGACGACGACAGCGCAAUGCUCCAACGUUUGGUAGGAUAACUUCAUUUACGGACUCGCUCCAUGUGACUAUUGAGCUUCCCCGAAGAACAACGGAACACUUGAGAAUUUGUACUUGAAUCGACGGUUAAUGAGUUGCUUGGACCGCCAAGGCCUAGCCGCAGGAGAGGUGGUACCGACGCCGGCUUAAGGGAUGCCUGGGUCGGACCGACACCAUGGGACCAAGAGGAAGCCGCAGUCAAGCAUCGGCGGCUUGGCCCACACCGCCCUCCAAUCAGCUGCGGGAGACAUGACCAGCAAAGACGGCAAGUUGCACUUGAAAUCUCUAAUGGCCUCGUCCAGGCGUAAACGUCACAAAUCGACUAAAGUUCGUGAAUUGCCACCGGCACCACCGACGAUUCCCGAAUAUAUGUCCCUGGCCCGCACGGCGCCUCCUAGUGUCCUGAUGAAGCCUCUCGUGGAGUAUGACGAUAUCAGCUCGGACUCUGACACAUUCUCAGACCCACCGGGUACCAGAAUGCCCGAAAGGGUGGUUCUGAUGCAACGUCUCGAGCCCUCGCCUUCACCCGACUUCAUCAGGGAAGAGCCCACCCGUGAGAGUAAGAGCCGCAGACAUUCCCGGAAAAAGUCCAAGGACCCCAACAAAGUUCGGGAUCCCGGUAAUGGGGAACGCGGCUACAAGAAGAAGAGCAGUAAGGAUCGUAGUAAAAGCGCUUCCGGUGUCGGCAAGGAGAAAUCGGCCUCAUCUGGAUCAUCCAAGCGUCAUGUUCAGCAGGAGGUUGACUUUAAGAGAGGAGAUCCCAUGUUCUCUCAGAUGUACCCUAUGCUCAGCGUAGGGAGCGCCACGUCCUCGGCGUCUUCAUCCCGGAGCAAGGAGAGCAGCCGCUCUGGAAAGUCGCGUAAAGACAAGCAGCAGAGGCGAGAGGCCCGGCUAGAAGUCGCCCACAGCGACCCCCAGAAGGUCCGUGGAGAGCGAAGCCACCGCAAGUCCUCCAAGAGCAACAAGUCGAGCCCCAAAGGCAAGUCGAGUCGAGGAAACUCUCGCAAGAAUACCGUCAGCGCCGCUAGCGUCGCCCUGUCGCCUAGUCCCAGGAUGGCAGAGAGCCCGAUGGGCGGCCAAAUGGUGGACGACGGCUACUCCAGGCGCAAGAUGACUCAGCUAUGCCCAAGUCCCUAUGGGGACAUGAGCCGGUGCAACAAGCAGAGGUCAGAUAGCCCCUACGGCAGCAGGCACAGGUCGUCCAGCUUUGAGCGAGACAGCAGUCCCUUCUCGAGGAAGCGCUCCAUUAGCCCCUACAUGGCCCGACGCUCCUCCAGCACCAGCCCCAGCCCAGUGUCCCGGCGCUCGGGCCGUUCCAGAAGUCGAUCCCCUAUGUUCUUCUCCUCCUCUCAUCGCUCUUCGUCCCGAUCCCGCAGCAAGCGGCACGCCCCCUCGGCCGGGGCGUUGGGCGCCGGCUCCUACAGCGCCCGGCCCGCCAGCCGCUCGCCUCCCUCCACCCACCUGCCGCUCAACUCCAGCCUGGGCGCCGAGCUCACUCGUAGAAAGAAGGAGCGCCAGGCCGCCGAAGCGGCGGCAGCGGCGGCUCGCGCCUGCGAUAGUGGUUCUGCCUCCCCCGCUCCCCCCACACAGAAACCCGCAGCUCCCUCAGCCUCUUCUUCCUCCUCCUCGCGGUCUAAAGUGGAGGAGCUGCAACCGCAAAAAGACUCUGGAGAAAAAGAAUUUCAGGCCGCGCCUACGGUGCAGUCACCACAAGAAACGCCGGUGUUGGAAGAACCAGUUGCUACCCUGUUACCCUCCGCUUGCACCAGCUUCUCUCCUGCUCUUCCUCCUGAACCAUCACCCUCUGAUGCCCCUGCUUCGACCGCCUCAACUCCACCGCCCCCACCACCUCCCCAGCAGGCCAACACCAACGUUCCACCUCCCGCCUCAGCCCCGGCCAAAUCACCCGCUCCAGUCCCCGCCUCCGUCCCCACGCGGAGUCCUGCCCGACAGACGCCGCUCCACAAGACUUCCACGUUGCCGCCCCUGCCUUUGCCCCCCAUGUUGCUUGGAAACUCUCAAGACAGCCCAAAGAAGUCCACUCAUCCUCAGCGAGGGUCCAGGAAGGAGAAGGAAACCCGGAGCCGGCCGUCACUCAUCGACCUCCCGCUGCCGCCCACCCUGCUUGGGGGCGACUCCCCACCUCUCCAAUUGUCCGCCCAUCACGGAUUGUCGCUGCCCCUGUCCGCCCUUAAAAAAAGACCAAAGAUUUGUUGCCCUCGCUACGGCGAGCGCAAACACACCAAGAGCGACUGGGGCAAGCGAUGCGUCGAUAAGUUUGACAUCAUCGGCAUCAUCGGAGAGGGCACCUACGGCCAGGUGUACAAGGCCAAGGACAAAGACACGGGCGAGCUGGUGGCCCUGAAGAAAGUGCGCUUGGACAACGAGAAGGAGGGCUUCCCCAUAACAGCCAUCCGGGAGAUCAAGAUCCUGCGGCAGCUCAAACACUGCAGCGUGGUCAAUAUGAAGGAGAUCGUCACCGACAAGCAGGACGCGCUUGACUUUAAAAAGGACAAAGGAGCGUUUUAUCUGGUCUUCGAGUACAUGGACCACGACCUCAUGGGCCUGCUGGAGUCGGGCAUGGUCCAGUUCUCGCAAGAGCACAUCCGCAGUUUCAUGCGCCAGCUGAUGGAGGGCCUGGACUACUGCCACAAGAACAAUUUCCUGCACCGCGACAUCAAGUGCUCCAACAUACUGCUGAACAACAGAGGUCAGAUUAAACUGGCUGACUUUGGCUUGGCUCGCCUUUAUAAUUCCGAAGAGAGCCGGCCAUAUACGAACAAAGUCAUCACGCUGUGGUAUCGACCCCCUGAGCUGCUGCUGGGCGAGGAGAGGUACUCUCCGGCCAUUGAUGUAUGGAGUUGUGGGUGCAUUCUUGGGGAGUUGUUCACUAAGAAGCCCAUCUUUCAAGCCAAUCAGGAGCUUCUGCAACUGGAGCUCAUCAGUCGCCUAUGUGGCUCCCCCUGUCCUGCUGUCUGGCCUGAUGUUAUCAAGCUGCCCCUCUUCAACACCAUGAAGCCCAAGAAGCAGUACCGCCGGCGACUGCGGGAGGAAUUUGCCUUCUUGCCGACCCAUGCCCUCGACCUGCUAGACCGAAUGCUGACCCUGGACCCUUCACGCCGCUGCACGUCAGAAGGAGCGCUCAACAGCGACUUCCUGUGCGACGUGGACCCCAUCAACAUGCCACCGCCAGAUCUUCCUCAUCAUCAAGACUGUCACGAGUUGUGGAGCAAAAAGCGGCGGCGUGCGCGUCAGAGCGGCCUGCCCGAGGAUGUCCCCAAAGCACCCCGUAAGGACAUGUCAGGUACCACAAGCGGGGAGAACAGUCGUUCGCAAACCAGCCCGGCCGGAGCGCCGCCGCCCCCGCCUCCACCUCCUCCGCAGCGAAAGCCCCCCUCAGCUGCGGUCCCGGACAACGAUUUGUCAGUGUUGGGCGCUGCCGCCGAGCAGCUGAACCAGACCGAGUUGGCCCUGCUGCUCAACCUCCUCCAAGGCCAGACGGACAUCUCCCUUGCGCAAGUCUCCCAGCUCCUUAACCUGUCCAACGCAGAGACGCUCAGCCAGUCGCUGUCGGCGCUCAGCGACGCCCCCGACCAGCACCAACAAGGUGGCGCGCCGGCCGCAGAGCCACCGGAGCAGUCGCCCGACGCGCUAGACGUCGGGCAUCUCCCGGAGGAGCAGGCCAACCUGCUGGCGCUCCUCCUGGGCCACAUCAUGAAGCCGCAGGGCGAGGAGCAGGCCGACGAAAGCAGCAACGGCGUCCAGUCGGGGGAGGCCUUAACGCGCGCUUCGUCUGCUUCUGCUGCUGAGCGCAAGGAUGUGCCCAAAAGGAAGCCAUUCAACACCUGCCCCGCACCCCCACCUGAGCGUCCACCCUCACCUCCAGAACUACCACCCGCAGCUGGAGUCCCCUGCCUGAGCCAAGACAUCAGCACAUCAGAAAUAGCAGCCGCUCUCCUCCAGCUCAUCUCAGAUGCGGGCGCCCCUUCAGAUGGAGAGGAGCCGUCACCCGACACGGAGGGCCCAGCCAAGGCUCAGCCGCCCGCAGCUGAGGCCCUGGCCCCUCUUGAAGGUGAUUCUUCCAACGCAGCACAGUUCCUCAAGGACCAGGACCUCCGGUUUUCCCAUGGAACCACCCACUGAGCUCCUUACUUGAAGUCACGCAGGCCUCCACCCCACAGUUCCAAACCCAAGAGAGGAUACACAGGAAGUAAAUCAUCUGGGGGGGGGGAAAGGACUGAUGGGGUGUAAGUGUUUUGAGUCUGCUUGGUUCCUUGAUUUAUUUUAAAAAGUGAUUAUUAUGCAGGGUUUGCAUUUGUCUGCCACUGGAAGUGAGGUAAAGUUAUUCGGCAAAGAUGCUUGGCUUCUCUCCAUCUUCUGCCUGAAUGCUGGACGGUGCUGACUGCAAGGCUGGAUGCUUUGUUUUUCUUUUUCGCCAAUGCUGCUCUGUACUUGCCAUCAAUUAAAAAACAACAACAGUAAACUCA